UCAAGACAGACGCGUGGCUUGUCCAUUGGUUCCGCCUUCCCUUUUAUCCCCUUCCUUUUUUUUCCUCUCUCGGCCUACUACUCCCGAUCGGCGAUGGAAUCUGAUCCGCCGCCGGAUCCCGUCGACCUCGGCCGCACUGGGAUGGAGGACUGCCCCGCCGCAGAGACCUCUGCUCCUGGAUCCGAGAGCGCGUCCGGAUCGGUUGAGGAGGUGGCUAAGACAAACCCUGCGUCGGUGGUGCCGGAAUCGAGGAAGAGAUGCUUGUGGAGGAGGGGAGGGGCGGCAGCGGUUACAUGGGGGUCUUCAUCGACAGUGGGGCGGCGCAAGGAGAUGGAGGACGCUGUCGCGGUGGCUCCAGGGUUCUUGGACGUCACAUGCGAGCAGGUAGGUGGGUGCUCCGCGCUGCCGGCGUCAGGAGAGAUCUCGACAGUGCGGUUUUUCGGCGUGUAUGAUGGGCAUGGCGGCUCCCAGGUGGCUAAUUUUUGUGCAAAAAGAGUUCAUGAGGUGGUGGCCGAGGAAUGGGAUAAAAUUCAGAGUCCUGAAUGUUGGAAAAGAAGGUGGGAGGCAGCAUUCCAUAAUGGCUUUGGGAGGGUUGAUAAUGAGGUGAUUGAUGAAGCUGUGGCACCAGAUAUGGUGGGAUCUACUGCUGUUGUGGUAGUCUUGUCUGGUUGCCAAAUCAUAGCUUCUAAUUGUGGUGAUUCCAGGGCAAUCCUUUGUCGUGGAAGUCAAAGGAUUCAGCUAACUAUUGAUCACAAGCCUGAUAGAGAAGAUGAGCUCAUGCGCAUUGAGAGCCUAGGAGGAAGAGUUAUAAAUUGGCAAGGGCCUAGGGUUUCUGGUUUUCUUUCUGUCUCUCGAUCAAUAGGUGAUCGAUUUUUGAGACCUUGGGUUAUUCCUGUGCCGGAGGUCAGUUUUAUGCCUCGAAAUGAAGGUGAUGACUGCUUGAUUCUAGCAAGUGAUGGACUAUGGGAUGUUAUGUCCGUUGAAGAGGUUGGAGACGUUGCUUGCCGACUUUUACGAUGGCACAGACGAAAUGGAUUAGUUGAUGGGGCAUCACCUGCACAAGCUGUUGCUAAUCACCUUACUGAGCUGGCUUACCAGAAAAACAGUUCUGACAACAUCUCUGUAGUCGUAGUGGAUCUGAAAUCUAGGAGCAGGCGUAGGCCUAGACAGUGAAGGAUAUAUGCCAGACGGAAGACUUGUGUCUCAAACUGGAUUGUUCAUUGCAUCAGAGAGAGUAAUACAUGGUGUACAUACCACGAUUCAAGUUUCAGAAGUAUCCAAUAGGUAAGAAUACUUUUUGAAGGCCACAGAUCGUUGGAUGAUUUACAUGAGUAUUCACAUGAGUCUUGCAAAAUAAUUCACUCGACUAAUAUUCUACUCAAAAGCACCACAUAAGCUACAGUGGUUCAGCGGGCUUGUCUCCUGUAUUUUAGUGGCAUCAAGCUGUGUAUUCCAGUUUGAGAAGAAGGCAACAAGAAACAAAGCCCAUACAAUCUGGACUCAAGUUUUACCAACGACAAGGGUUCUUUAUUGACAUUUUGUUUUUGAUAAAAUCUAGGAGAAUGCAAGUCUGCUUCUCUCUUCAUUGAUCCCCACUUCAUUGCUGCCAAUCUACUCUUGCCAAUUGCUGUUCAAGAUCUGCCUAUCUCCAUACAAUGACUCAAAACUCUUAAUUGACAACUGCACUCCUGACUGAACAAAAGUUCAGUCAUAAUUCAAAGUUUGUGGCUUGUCAAGCCGUGAAGAACAUAAACUUGCCCAUAACUUGGGUUAAGUAUUCAGUGGAAGAAUCAAGUACUUGGUAGUUUUAUUACUGCAGUGCAUGGUAACCAACUGCAUCGCAAGAAUUAGAUCGUGACACCAGAAAAAAGCAUCAUAUCCGGCUUCUACUUAACUCACGCUGGAAAUUUAGUGGGAGUUAUUCAAGACUGGAAAGUUCUCUCUGUUCCCUGGCAUAGCUCAUUGUUCAGAUGCUUUUCUGAUUUGCCAUCCAUUAUAAGGUCCAAUGCAUAUAAUCUAGGUGUUUUAGAAGCUAUAUAUAUCAAAUCCAACAUUGAAAUGUCUUUUUAUGAAAUCUGUUGGAAUUUGUUCUCCAAAGAAUAUUACUUUAGAUAAGAUUUCUUCAAGCAAUGCAUGUUCUAACCAGAUAAGCCUGCCCUGUUUCCAGAUGUUCAUACUUAAGCUUGUUUGUCAA